GGAAAAAGUUUUUCCCAAAAAGUUUUAUGUCAGUCUUUUGAAAAAUUUUAAAUCUCUCUAGAAAUUUUUACCAUAAAAAUGAGGGAUUUCCGCAACGGUUUAAAUGAUUUUCGUGAAUUAGAAGAAAAUGAGCCAGCUACUCCUUACAGCAGCCGUUCUACCCCAUAUAACAGAAAUUUUACUCCAUACAUUCACGCUUCCUCUAAGAGUCUCUCUGGUCAUAUAUCUCAACAAACUCUUGUGGGCUAUAAUGGUCACUAUGAGGGUGACAACAGCAUGUUUGAUGAAAAAUCCUCUCUGGCAUUGGAUACCUCAUAUGAGGAGGACAGCGACAAUAGCAUCAAUAAUGCUACAAAGUCUGAUGGCUAUAAUGCCAAUUUAGAUGUGAAUGAAUCUCCCCGAAUGGAAGAGAAAUCACCCAGGACUCUAUUGCAAGAAAGUCAAGUUUGGAAUGUAAUGACCAUCUAUGUGCUACGAUUUUUGCCCCCACAAAUAAUGGAAAUAAUGACCAAAUUCAUAAUCCUAGUUUAUAACAGUGCUCGUAAAGGAUUUCUUUACAAAGCUUGCAAAUUCCUACGAACUAUGAUCGUUUGGUUAUACCAUCUGCUGGCUGUCAUUGCUACAAAAAUCGGCAGCGUUUCCUUGUGGAUAUUCCGUAUUCACUAUGCCUGCCGCUGUCUUUUGUGGUCAUUGACUUGGACAAAACAUGGAGAUUUGAUAUUUUUCCUACAGAUCUUGUGGCGUACCCCAUUAGUGUGUUUUAUGGCUGCUGUGGGCCUUUUACUAUGGCUAUAUGACUCAGUGAAGCAACUGCUAAUAGCAGCUACAGCCAAUCUACUAAAGGCCAUUUAAAUUCCUGUGGGUGUUUACGUUAUUUUUUGUCUUCCUGUUGUGUUUAAAUAAAUUUGUACACCCUA